AUGGCGAAGGUGUGCGCCCGCUGCGGGAACAUGGCGGCGGCAACCCGGUACGCCGCGGCCGCGGGCUUCGACAAACCGGUGGCGGGUGCAGCCAUGGCGGGCGCGCGCACGGCGGCUGUGGCGACGUUGCUGGUGCAGGGUUGGGGCGACGCGUUGGACAUGUCGAGUGCCUAUGCGGUGCUGCGUCAAUGUGCCGUCAUCAGCGGCGGAGUCGGGGCGCGUGUGUUCAGCGCUUGGCUCCGAGGCGCUCUAAAAACCGGCUGGGCGCUCGAGAGCCUCUGGCUGGCGCAGCGAGCGGACGUCACUCUCGACGCAACCUGCGUCCAACUCCUCGUCGAACUUGCACACGGACUACACUCUCUCCGCCGCGAACCGGGUUCGCGCGCCGCUGCAGGCGACCGAACCGCGGACACACUCGCACAAACUGUCUACCGUCAGCACCGCACACUAUUCGAAGCUGAUGCGGCCACCACUGACGCCACACAGCGUCUCAUCCGACUCGCCGCCCAUGGCCACACUCUGUCGCUGCUGCUGGACAUGCACGAGGACCCCGCGUUACGUCAAGAGGCGGAAUGUUGCCUGGAGGCGGCCGCUUGCCUCCUGGACCAACUUGAAUGCAGCCCAGCGUCGGACCAGGCGGACGACCCGGCGGACGCCCCGGCGGACGACCUGGCGGACGACCCGGCGGACGACCUGGCGGAGCGAGACGACGCGGACUAUGGUCGGUCAUUGAGGUUGUUCUCGCGGUUCAAGCACGAGCGGUUGCGGGAAGAGUUGGAGCGGACGCGCGCCAAGUGGGCGUCGGACGCGGCGGCGGAGUGUGUAUUGGACUUGUGUUUGUACCGAGCGCCGGACACGGUUCUCAUUCCGGGCAUGGCCCCGGCGGUCUGGAGCCAUCGGAGUGCCGCGGGCGUGUGGCACUGCGUCUACGGCCACGCGCUAGCGCAGUGGGCGCCCAAUGGGGAGUGGCCGGCGACCGCGGAGGUUCUUUGUUCAAUUGCGGCCGGGAUCCAAUCCGAAGCCGGGAUCCAAUCCGAAGCCGGGAUCCAACCCGAAGCCGGGAUCCAAUCCGAAGCCGGGAUCCAAUCCGAAGCUCCGACCACGGCUUCGGUCUCGGAGUGGAGUGCGGCAGCCGUCGAGGUAUCCCGACGGGAGGCCCUAGUACGUCGUUUAUUGGUUGCGAGCGCGGGCGCGACGGAGGCAGAGUUGGGAGCGGGGGAUGGCGAUUGGGCGGCAGAUGUGUGUGGAGAGUGUGCAUUCUUUGUUGUGAAUGAGUUGCGCUGGUCACGUUGGAAUCGGAUCCGGGGACGUAUCGCCACGGGUACACGACAUGUGGCUCUGCUCGGUGGUGACGGGGCGGAGGUCUUGCGCAGCUUUUUGCGCGAUUGUCGACGUAUAUCUAUCCACUUCCCCGAACCGCCAGCCGUCAAGGAAGACGGCUGGAUCAGCCAAUCGCUGCUGACACUCGUUCAUCAAGCGCUAGCCAACAAUGGCCAACUCCGACUCCUCUCUGACCAACGACAGUACAUGGAGUACCUCAGCUCCUGCGUCGUCCGUCCGCUCUCCAAAACACUUUUCCGUUGCCACAACAAUCCCACGCCACCCUGGCUCUUCACCACCAACCCCACCGACGACCUCACGCGCCCCGAACUCUCCUGGUUCGGCAAACUCUGGCGGGGGAAGGACCUCUUCCUAUUUUCGCUACAAAAGACCAACCACUCUUGA